AUGAUGGAAGCUGUGAGAAACCUUCACAUUGUGUUGACUAUUGUGGUCAUAUGCAUUGUGCAGGCGAUGACUCAAGUCUGUCCCUACACCGACCCGAAAUGUAGGUGUGAUCCCCUUGGCGUGAGCUGCUACGGUCUGGACAAAAUCCCGCCACUAAACACGGGAGUCAACGUGAGCCAAAUUAGGGAUCUCCGGUUUCAG